ACGUGUUCUUGAAAAUUCAAAUUUUGAUGAGAAAAUCGACGGAAUAAUUGACAAACCAAAAAUUAAGAACGGACUUUGUCCUUGAAAUAAAAAAAUUGCAGGCUAACUCAAUAGUUUCGUUAAUAAGAAUGUUUGAUAAAACUAAUAUUAUCCUUCGUAAUAAUUUUUUGGGGCCCUGAAAAGAACCGAUGAUUUUUGUUGAGGCGUUCAAAUGCUGUUCUCGGUGUGCACUCGAAGACCGAUGAAGUUGAAGUGAAGUUAAGAAGUGACGCGCAGGCCCUAAUAUAGACUCUGCGCAUAGGAGCAGCGAGCCAAUGCCACCGCUGGCAGCUCUGGUUGGUUCGGCGGUCCAAAUAACUGACGGUUUAAAAAACCGGUAUUUCGCGUCUAGUGUUUAUUUUGUUCCCGAGGUUCGUCCAGUGAAGAACUCCAGCUAUGCAGCAGAGGAAGAGCCAUAAAAGAAAACGGUGGAGCAAUGCUGUCUAUAUCUACAGAGUUUUGAUGCAAAUGUAUCCUGACACCGGACUAGCCACAAGAAUUCUGAGGAUCAUAACUUUAUUCGGGAAUAGCAUCCUCGAGGGAUUGCUGCAGAGGCUUCGAGGUAGAGAGUACGUGCCAACGUGAGAGAAAGGUGGAAAAUCCAACAGAAAAGG